AUGUGGCGCGCUCGUCAAGAAUUGGAAGAGAGUUGUAGUGACUCGGAGCUACCCCAAUAUACCGCUUUGUGCAGCGAAAUGAGAUCGUUUCUGGGAGUGGCAUGCAGUGUUGGUCCGAUGGUUCGAAAAGUGCUCAGUGAUGCCGAAAAUAUGGGAAAGGAAUGGGAUUCUUCCCAGUUGCAAUUAGUUCUGGCGCAGCUCAGAUCCUUUGCUAUGAGCGCAGUUAGCUUCAAACAGAAACUUUUGGACAAAUUCUCUUCGUUUGUGGAUAUCUCGAUGACAUUCUUACAAGCUCUUGAAAUCUUCGUAUGUGCACUAAAUGAAGCUUGCGGCAUCAUGGAGACAGUUGAACGACGUCGUGAACUGCAAGCCACCACUGCCUUCCCCAUCAACUUCCAGGCAAGUACAAGAUAUCGAGAUUUAAUUUAA